AUACGUGACAACACUAUCUUCAUUCCCACUUCCAAAAUCCUUUCACUUCAAAUACCAUUCUGUUCAUGUCAUUACCUUAACCAUUUCUGUAAUAAACAAAAAGGCAGUCACAGAAAGUUGCUCAAUUCUCUAGCCAUGGGCAAAGAAACUCUCACCUCCACAACUACAGAUACCUUCAAGCUAGUAGGAUUCAACAAUUUCAUCCGUGCCAAUCCCCGCUCCGAUUUCUUCUCCGUUAAACGAUUCCAUCACAUUGAAUUUUGGUGCGGCGAUGCUACCAAUACAGCUCGUCGUUUCUCUUGGUCUCUCGGCAUGCCGAUUCUAGCAAAAUCAGACCUAUCUACCGGAAACUCCGUUCAUGCUUCUUACCUCCUCUGUUCCAUUUCCGGUGGACUUCAGAUUGUUUUCACUGCUCCUUAUUCGCCGUCUCUUUCAACGCCAUCAUCUGCAGCUAUCCCUAGUUUUUCUACCUCUACUCACCGGGAUUUCACAGCAACGCACGGACUUGGUGUUCGUGCUGUUGCAUUGGAAGUGGAGAAUGCUUACAUGGCGUUCUCCGCCAGUGUUUCUCGUGGGGCGAAACCCCGUUUUGAACCUUUAACGAUUGAUGACCAUGUGGCUGUGGCUGAAGUUCACCUAUAUGGCGACGUCGUUUUGCGGUUUGUUAGUUUUCUGAAAGAUGCGGACAGCCUCGUUUUUCUCCCAGGUUUCGAGGCCAUGGAUGAAACAGCAUCCUUCAAGGAACUAGAUUAUGGGAUUCGCCGGCUGGACCACGCCGUUGGGAAUGUGCCGGAGCUGAGUCCUGUAGUGGAUUACAUCAAGGGCUUUACGGGGUUUCAUGAAUUCGCUGAGUUUACUGCUGAAGAUGUUGGUACUGCUGAGAGCGGGUUGAACUCGGUGGUGUUGGCAAACAAUGACGAGACAGUGCUGCUUCCAUUGAAUGAGCCUGUAUAUGGAACCAAAAGAAAGAGUCAAAUUCAGACUUAUUUAGAGCAUAAUGAAGGGGCGGGAGUUCAACAUUUAGCCUUGGUUACAGAAGAUAUAUUCAGAACUUUGAGGGAAAUGAGGAAAAGGAGUGGAGUUGGGGGAUUUGAAUUCAUGCCUUCACCUCCACCUACUUAUUAUAAGAAUUUGAAGAGUAGGGCUGGGGAUGUACUCAGUGACGAAGAAAUCCAGGCGUGUGAAGAAUUGGGAAUCUUGGUGGACAGGGAUGAUCACGGGACUCUGCUUCAGAUAUUUACCAAGCCUGUGGGAGACAGGCCAACAAUAUUUAUAGAAAUAAUUCAAAGAAUCGGUUGCAUGCUCAAAGAUGAUAAUGAACAGGUUUAUCAGAAGGGUGGUUGUGGAGGUUUCGGUAAGGGAAACUUCUCAGAGCUGUUUAGAUCGAUCGAGGAAUAUGAGAAGAUGCUUGAAGACAAACAUGUUAAUCAAGUAGCUACUGCUUGAAUAUAUAAGCAUUAGCUUUCCGUCUAACUGAUGUCUCUAUUAUUAAUGAAAUGAAAAGUAGUUUAGGUAUAUAAGUUUAUUUGAUGUGCUAUUAUGUAAAGAGUCAAUAAAGUAUGGAGGGAAACAAGAAUCAAGUAAUUUAAGUAUAAUGUUGAUCAUAAGUUCUGUAAAAUAUCCUAUUCAGUUUCCUUAAUCAGUCUCUCUUCUCAUUUUUCGGAAAAAAUAUAGUUGGUGCCAUAAGGACUAGGUCGAUUGGAAGGACUCUGGAUGUACCUUAGAAAUCAACUGUUUUACACUCAAGACUACUUAACUGGAAAUUUGCCGAGGCAACCAAAUCAAUGUUACGACUUAAAAUGGGAACCACAAUCUUAAUUUCGCAUUCUCAUUGAUAAAACACAUUCAAAUCAUUAGUCGUUAAGCAUACUACAGAAACUUCUUAAAAUUUUAUUUUAUGCACUUUUUGCAGAAAUAAAGACCAUCUAUUUUGCUUAUGUAAAGGAGUAAUAUUCUAAUUAUAUUUUUUUUGUGGGA